AACCGGCGCGAGCCUGCAGGGCGGCGGCGGCGGCGGCGGCGGAGGUUCCUCGAUUUGUGAUCUCCCUGAAGGCACCAUGAGCUGCAUCAACCUGCCCACCGUGCUGCCCGGCUCCCCCAGCAAGACCCGGGGGCAGAUCCAGGUGAUUCUCGGACCCAUGUUCUCAGGAAAAAGUACUGAGCUGAUGAGACGGGUCCGUCGCUUCCAGAUUGCCCAGUACAAGUGCCUGGUGAUCAAAUAUGCCAAAGACACGCGUUACAGCAGCAACUUCUCCACGCAUGACCGAUUCAUCAUCUACCUGAGCCCCCAGCACUGGAACACUCCCACACAUGGCCUUUCACUUUCAGACUCUGCUGGGAACACCAUGGAGGCCCUGCCAGCCUGCGUGCUCCGGGACGUGGCCCAGGAGGCCCUGGGCGUGGCUGUUAUAGGCAUCGACGAAGGGCAGUUUUUCCCCGACAUCGUGGAGUUCAGCGAGACCAUGGCCAAUGCCGGGAAGACCGUCAUUGUGGCUGCACUGGAUGGGACCUUCCAGAGGAAGGCGUUCGGGACCAUCCUGAACCUGGUGCCCCUGGCUGAGAGUGUGGUGAAGCUGACGGCGGUGUGCAUGGAGUGCUUCCGAGAGGCCGCCUACACCAAGAGGCUGGGCGUGGAGAAAGAGGUCGAGGUGAUCGGAGGAGCAGACAAGUACCACUCCGUGUGCCGCCUCUGCUACUUCAAGAAGGCCUCGGGUCAGCCUGCCGGGCUGGACAGCAAAGAGAACAAAGAGAACUGCCCGGUGCUGGGAAAGCCUGGGGAGGCCCCGGGAGCCAGGAAGCUAUUUGCUCCUCACCAGAUCCUGCAGUGCAGCUCGGCCAACUGAGGCACAGGCCCCACACCCAGGACGGGCGCGGACCGGCCACCUGCUCCCGUGCCUGCUGCUGCCCCCUGGCGGACACCUGCCCCUGCGUGCUGCCCGGCCUUCUCGGAGGAGGAAGCGGGCGUGGGGCGGUGAAGUUUCACCAGCGCCCUUUCCCUGGCCAAGGGCCACGGGCCGGUGGUCUGCACAUCACACUUCCCUCCUUGCCUGCCCGCCGGCUUCUCUCAGUUCCCCUCCCAGGCUACUCACAAUCCACCCCAGGCCGGCGCGGGGUCUGGCCACUGCUGACCUGAGUCCCUCCCUCUCCAAGGAGUGAGGCCGGAGGCGCAAGCUCCUGUGACAUCGGCGCUCCUGCCUGCUUCCCCCUUUGUGGCUUUUGCUGUUGAGUUUCUGUUCUCACUGGUAAGUCAGAGCAUCAGCACCUCUGGCUCAGCACCGAGCCUCCUCUCGUGCAAAGACUUUAGUCCCCCUGCCUGGGACGGGCCCCUGGCCCCUCUGAGGAUGGCUGGACUUGUUCUCUCUUACUUCCCUUUGGGCCGAAAGCCCUUCCUGCUCUGGCGAUCAUUCUCUCCAGAAUUACAGCUUCUUCCAUGUGGGUGACACUCACCCUGCUGGGGCUCAGAUCCCAGGGGCUUGUCUUUCAAGGCAGGGGCUGUGAUUUUUCUCUUUUAGU